CGGUUCGGCUUGAAAAGCUGGAUAAAAGCGCGCUGAAAUUUUGAAUUUAGUUGAAUGUAAAACGGUCAAAUAAUUGAUCAAAAUUAGAUUGAUAAGAGUACAUAAAUGGAUCUUCUACACAGUAGGCCAAAGUAAUCUUUUUUCAAUUUGGGAUACAAAGGUAACCACGCAUUCCAAAGUGAUGUGCAUAGUAUUCUAAAAUAGAAGUUCGCCGUUAUUGAAUUGUGGUUUUUGUCAUAUUGUGGAACUUGGUUGACAGGACAUUUAACUAUUCGUAAAACUUUUGUUAUCAUAAUCACCUUUAUUCAAAGUGUUAGGAUAAAGUUAGUACUUAAAUCGAGACUAUCGAAAUAAGUCAUAUUCAAAACAGCAAGUUUUGUGUGAGAAUCGGGAUAAAAAAUGGAGCCGUUACGGUUUAAUGUGAUAAACGGAAACGAAAAUCUGAUCAGAGAAUGGCCGUCGAAAGAAUAAUGACUUCACAGGAAGCCAUUGAAGCCACGCCAAAAACAGCACUAAAACAGCAAGGGAUGUUAGCGGAGUCAUCUAUAAUGCACUGCCUAUUUAAAAUUCCAUAAUUUACGGAAAAAAGACACUAGAUUUGUCUGUUGCCAUAAGAAGAUGACUUCGCCGUGUUGGUAUACAUACCCUGUUCCAGAGGAUCGUUAUAAUCUAACCUUUUUACAAGGCCCACCUAAUAUAAUCAAUAACAUCGCUUUAAGUGCCACACUUCAUUGUCUUAGGUACGAAAGAUUCUGUUAUUUCGUGGCUGAUGCAUAUGAUUCAGAAUUUACGCAACUGAUACCGUUUGAUUCAUGUUCAUUCUCCGCGGAAUUCACUAGCUUAUUCGUCCCUAUGCAUGCGUCCAGUACGGACUGUAUAGUUAAGAGAAUUAAAUACAUUGGAAGACCUGAAAAUGCCCAGCGCGCUUCAUUAAUAGUGAUUAGGAUUCCAAGUCAGAGUUCGUUUCUGGACCUAGUGAACAUCCUCGGUUAUCUUCAGGACGUACAAAUACGAAACGAGUCAACGUGUCUACUGCUUCAAGACCAACAGGACAAGCCGUUACCUUUGAACGUUCGUAACUUCUAUAGUGUCAAGGUAUAUGAUGCUUUCAAAUGGGGACUAAGACGAAAUGGGGAAGAAAUACAUUUUCAGGAGCAAAGCGCGAUCACCAAGAAAAAACUCAGUUUGAACUUAACGAGAACUGAUCUUUAAAAAAGUGUUUUAAAUUUUAGAGUUAGACGGAGUGCGGUAGCUAUUGAUUUUAUCACUAGAUUUUUGCAAAGUGAGUAACCUAUCCGUUGCGGUGUAUCGUACCUUCCUACCUACGAUUGUUUUGUUCAAUAAUCGACCCUGCUUUGUAUCACCAUUCCAGGGCGCUCUAUGGCCAAUUUGAAAUCAGUUAGUUUUAACAAAUUGCCUAUACCAUACGCCGGUGAGCUAGGUUUGAGAAAGUGCAAACAGUUGUAGAUGGGACAUCAAUACCUGAUGAAAUCUCGUCUUAUGCAAAUAUCGGUCGCGCCAGAUUAUUUGCGCAAUCGAAAUCGAAUUGGUGGUAGAUCUCGACGUUUUUCGAUCUCGUUCGUAUCUAGUACCAAAAAUUAGGCAGGACAUGUUUAAAUACAACUGCUUAUUUAUCUUUUAUUAUAAAGUGUCUGUAAAUGGGUUUUUGUAUUUCGUAUCUAAUAUGCUGCCAGGCUGUUCAUGAUAUUUUGGCUUACUCAUGAUAAACUUUCAUUAGGUUUUAAAUAGGUAAUUCUUAAGUCUAAUGAGUGAAUCUGCAUAUUCUGAUUGUGAUACUACGAUGGGUUUGUUAGUAUAAAAAUAUAUAAAAACGGCUGCCAUCAGUCACAACGGUGGCUGAAAUGUGAAAGGAAGAUGCAUCGAAUGUAUAUAUAAACCGUGUGCGUUCAUACAAUGGCACUGCAUUUUGUACAUAUAAAAUAAAUAUAACGUAUUCAUCAAGCAAAUAUAUGUUUUUUUUAAGUGAACCGAGUCAAGUUUGUUGCCCUUUGACAAGUUCGUCAUUUGCUCUGCGCUUGGUAUAACCGCUGAUGUGGCAUUAUUAUUUCCAAAAUCGUAUUACGAUUUAUUCUUAUUUAUGUCAAUAUGCAUACAGAUAAAGGUAAUAAGAUAACAAUCAGGCUGGCUUUUUCAAUAUGUUCUAUAAAAGAGGCCGUUCUAGGAAAUCAAAGUGUAUGUAAUUUGAAAGUGCAAGUUUAUGUCGAUGUUCUGAGUAAAACUUCGUAAUUGUGGUGUCUAACUUGCUGUUCCACCGGCCAUUACCUCGGAAAAACUUCAAGCGAACGUCGCGCAAGAGGAAUCAGUGAGGCGUAAUGAAUGAUGAGAGCGUGGCCACCAGUAUUUCUUCUUCCGACUUCAAGAAAAAAA